GCUGGGCCUGACGACCUUCUUGUCCAGCACGCUCACCGACGUGCUGAACUCACCGGCGGUCUUCGAUCCCACGCAGCUGAACGUGCGCCAGGGGGAGGUGUCUUGGGUGCUUCACCUGCACAUCAUCUGCCUGAACUACGACGGCAAUGCCUUCGAUCUGUGUUUGCUGGCGGCCAUCGCCGCUUUAGAGGAGUUUAUGGGGGGGGGAGACAGAUCCUUUGAAACCUGUGCAACACUACCACGUAUCCUACCUACCUUCCGAAAUCCUGCCCUCUGUGCCCUUAGGUACCAAACCCUACCCUAA